GGAUGACGUCAUCGCUCACCUGGCAGGAAGUGAAAGUCGCGCGAUGUCACGUGGUGCCGUCGGCAGCGCCAAGUCGUGAGGUGGUGUGGAUAUCAUGUUUUUUGCUGUCUGCAAAAUGAGGGGGCUAUACCUCACUAGGAUGGUGCUGCUGCUCCCCCUGCCGCUGUGCACAGUCAAAGUAGAGGACGGCGAGCCUCAGAUGGAGCGCCGGCUAAUGCUUGCUCUCGACGUCCCUGAGAAUGACCCCGGGCCCUUCCCCAAGCGGCUGGUUCAGGUCAAGUCCAGCAUACUUGAAAAUGCAAGUUAUCGCAUCACGGGGCCCGGGGCAGACGAAGAUCCCAUGGGGGUGUUUAUCGUGGAUCCUGUGAGCGGAUGGCUUUCUGUUACGAAGACCCUGGACCGUGAGCUCAUCAAAGAGUUCCGAAUUAACGGCCACGUGGUGGAUAAGAACGGCCACGUGAUGGAUGACGUGCAUCUCCAAAUCAACGUGCAGGACCUUAAUGACAACAGGCCGCACUUCGAGAUGCCCAUUUUCCAGGGCUACGUGGAUGAGGGCUCCCUCCCAGGUGCAGACGGGCGCGGUGGUGACGGGGGUGUGAUGGUGAUAGCGCCUGCCUGGGUAUUUUGUAACAACGGACACUCUACCCCCACAACUCUCAAUUGGUGAUAGGGCAGUUGUGGAGAGAGUGGAGAGUUUUCCCAUACCUGGGCAGUGUGCUCAUUGCUUGGAGGAACGAAGGUGGAAGCCGCCACGCUGGUGCGGACGUCCGGAGCCUGCCACGUGGCGGGCUGCGGCAGUCUCUCUCUCUCUCUCCCUCUCACGCUGUCUGCCAACAUCGUGAAGGAGCCAUAGAGCAGAGGAACGAACAUAGUGAGAACUGUGAAAG